ACCAGCACCCCUCCUCCACUCCCGACACACUCACACUCUCUCUCCCUUGCCCUGUGCCUGUCUCUCUCCAUUCUACCAAGCAGCCAGCCAGACCUCUCUUCUUCUGCCCUGUCGACAUCCCUCGCCUUUCCACGCCUUUCUCCCUCAGCCUCCUCAGCCGUGGCCGUCUGCCCUCGCCGCCUCAGACAGACUUGGACCGUCAAUCUUCAACAAGUUUCCUGGGACUUUUUCAGAAACUUUUUCCUCAAUUACUUUUUUUUUGCUACCUCCCUUGAGACUCCAGUGUGGGUUGUGCUGUGUGUGAUAGGGGCUAGUGUUGCUCUUCGCCCUCGGGGUCUCUGUACGCUGUUGACCGGAGGAGAAGACUACUUGUCACCAUGAUCAAAGUUCAGCUGCUGCUCUUGCUGGGCCUGGUCGGCCCCUUCUGUGCUGUCGCACACUCAAGCACACUAGUGACCCCAUUAGAAAGGGUGUCGGAUAUCCCUGCUGCCACCGAUAUCCUCGAAGGCGCCACCGAUGCCCCCACGGCUGAACCCAAGACUGCGACCGAUGAGGUCGUAACGAAAGCCCCUGCCACCGAUAAACCCGUCACUACUCAGGUCGAUGAGGCUGCCCCGAAUGUGACAGAGGCCGCUCCCACGGAGACCGAGGCCACUGAGGCUGCCGGGCAGGAGGCGGCCACAACGGAGGCCCCUGCUGUUGCCACCAUGGCCCCGGCGAAUCCCGAAGCCACGGCAGCUGCAGAGGCUGAGGAGGAGGAGUUGGUGGUGGAGGAGGAGGGCACUGGCUCUGGACAAGUGGUGGGUAUUGUGAUUGGCGCAUUGGUGGCAGUGAUCAUUGUCAUCGCCGUGGUGAUCGCCUUGGUGAGGAGAAUGGGCAAAUACUCCCCCUGAGGAGAAAGGCUGCAAGACAGGAAGUCCCAAAAAAGUUCUGGCAAUUCUGAACUGCUGAACUACGUAAUUUCCUGUCAUUAAACAAGCAUGCUACCAGCACGAACCUAACCAAGAUCUACUGUUGCCAAAAGGAGGGGUGGGGGGGGGGGGGAGAAGAAUGUUUCUCCCCCAACCCCCAGACAGAGCCAUUGAUAUCAAUGGCCCUGCCUAACCACACAGCAACCCUCCACGCUAAUUUCCAAACAGGGGGAUGACCCACCCCCCACUGACAUCCACAGUGACCCACAGGAUGUCAGUGAAUUUCAGGAUUUUUUAUGUGUUUGUAAAAAAGAAAGGAAGUAAGGGAUUAUUUAACUUGUGGUAGAAAACGCUCUCUUAUGCAGUGGUGUGUACAUUAAUUCCAAUUUGCAUUUAAGUUGAAGACGACCUAGAAACACGACACAAAAGAAACAGAAAAUGGAAAUUAAAAGUUGAAUACAGAGGGGGGGAAAGGCGGGAGAGAAUGUGGUGAAUUUAAUAGGGUGUAUAUACCAUGCAAAGGGACUACGGUUAGUACUUGAUUAUAUGUUGCAGUUGCUCACUAUAGCAUUCAGUUAAUGGGACAUUGGAAAGCAGCCAAAAACAUCCACAUAGUAUUUUCUCACCUUAACACCUAGCCAAUGAGUCCCUACCUACCAAAAUGUUCAACAACUAUAUGAAGCACUGUAUGCAGAAGUUGUCUCGACAUUGUGCUCAUGUUCUGAGGGUUAGCGAGGGGCUAAUGAAAAGACACCUCAUUUGCAAGUGUAACGUGACAUUCUGCCAGCUUUAACACUGACAUAAAAACCUAAUACAGAUCUGUGAAAUUUUGCAGAAGGGUUUGUGCCACUGUCUCUGGUAUUCCCUGGAUAGUUUGGAGAUUUUACUUUUAUUAAAGUGCAUUAAUGUGAAUGGACUGUACUUUAACUGUCACCCAUUCCAAUAGGACAGCUUUGACAACUUCAGGUUCUCACAAAAUCAUGUGUUCCGUAUACAGGUACAAGUCAUCAGCCCCCAUUCUGCUAGCAUUGUCCUUUACAAUGUAUUCACUGUACUUCUGCUUAAUUUAGUUUGGAUGAGUAUACCAAGCAAGCACACACAAUCUUUAAAUACAGGUUCCCCCCUGAAUGCAUGCAAAGGAUGUUUUGACUUUCAUGGUUGCACCCAGUUUUUGGCACAUUUUCUUCAUAAUCGUUAGUGGACAUUAAUGGGUGUAAAAAUUAUUCAGUCUCAGCUUAGCUCCGCUUGCUUUAAGAACUCUGUUAAUAAGUGCACUGAAUGAGGGAUGACAAUUGUUUAAUGGAUCCACUUUAGACACUGCAAUCGUUUGCAACGAUGUUUGUUUCUGCUUUUGCUCCAUAUUAUCAAAUCUAGGUCUUUCAUUUUGUCAGAUUUUUUUUGUCCUUUUAUUUAAUUGCAGUGUUUUUGUUCAUACUGUUUCAAUAAACAAGUGAAAACACUCCAAAUAUA